AUGGACGAAGGCUCCGCCGUUAUGUCAAAGACGCGCGCCCUUGUCAUAAAGAGACUUCAAGAAGAGCUUGAAGAUCUCAAGCACAAAAACUACAAUGCAGAAGCAUUAGAAGCAAGGUAUAAAACACUCGAAAAGAUGUUUCAGCUCUCUGAAAAGCAAUGGAAGCUUAAGCUAGAUGAUUUGGAAUAUAUUAACGAAUCCCUCGAAGGUGAGAAUAGAAAUCUUAGAGAUGCAUUGACAAAAUUACAAAAUAAAAUUGUUAAAACGAUUAAUGUCGAGAAAAAAGUCGAUCAAAACAAACUUGAUAUAUGGAAAGAGAAAGCAAACAAAUGGAAGCUGAAAUACAGAGCAUUAGAAUCGGCAGAUCCAAACGCACGCGCAUUAUUAGAAAAAGAUAAGCUCGAUAUUACAGUUCAAACAAUGACAGCUGAAUUAGAAGCUCUCAAAGCAGAAUUAGCGGCAACCAAACAACAAAAGCAGAAGGUUGUUAAUCAAUUAGAAAAAGCAAAUAAUACCUUGAAGUUUUUAAGUGGAAUGGUCAAAGAUUACGAUGAUAAAAACGCUGAUCUCAAAACAAAGAAUAACAAAUUACUUACCGAAAUGCAAAAGGCCGCGGAAAUUAAGAAACAAAAAGAAAAUCUCUUAAAUCAUAGUCGUUCAAAAGAAGCUCAAAGACAAAAAGAACUUAAAGAGAAGGAAAAGCGUGCAAGACUUGCAGAAGAACAAAGUAAACAGCAUAUUGCUGAAAAAGACCAGGAAGUUGAUCAAAUUCAACAAAACUUGGAAUCUGAAGUUAAGCAACGAAAGAAAGUUGAAAAGAAGCUUAAGAAUGCUAUUGAAGACCAUAAAGCAACUGUUAGUUCACUUCAAGAAGAAAUCGAAAUUUUGAAGGACGAAAACAACACUUUGAGACAAAGUAUGCAAGAAAUAUCACAGAAUGCAUCAUCAAUAAAGGAUAAAUUCGACUUGGUUCAGCAACAAAAGAGUUCUCUUGAACAACAAUUAGCAAGAGCCGAUAAAUACAGAAUUAAAUCCGAACAGUUACAAAAGACGGUCACAGAACUACAAGCCACAGUUAAUAAUAUUACUGGCGACAUCUCAACUGUUACAGCACAAACAGCAAGUCAAUAUGAUGAUCUUAAAGUUUUACUAACAAGGCAUAACAAUGAUUAUACGCCAGGAAAUUGGGCUAAAGAUAUGAAUUUCAUCGGCCAAAAGUUCCAAGAACUCGCACAAGCUCAUUCCGAAAUUAAUCAGUUAGAUAAACAAAUUGCAAAGCAAAACAGAACAAUUGAUGAAAAGACAAGGAUGAUCAAUGAAAAGGAUUCAAAGAUCAAUGAACUUAAUAAUCAAGUUCAACAAUUAUCAGAUGCAUUAACAGCUCGUGGUAAAGUUGUUCAAUUCAAUUCCGAUCAAGUACCAAGAACACAAAUACCAAUGGAUGGAAGAUCAGAAAAAAGUUACAUCACAAUUCCUCAGAACAAUAUUGUUCUCAAUUUAAUUAAUUUCAGAUCUGCUGUUGCCAGAAAAAUUGAUACAACUCUUUUCGAGGUGACAAACACAAUUAGAGAAAUCAAUGAAAUGAUUUCUCCAACAGAAUCAACUUCGCCAAGUUGUAGAAGCCUUGUUCUCAGUAUGGCUUUCCUCACAAGAUGGAUUAAAUUCGAUUCUCUUACAGAAUUCGAUAACUCAACAAUAUUGAAUUUCUCUGGAAAUCCGAAUUUGCAAAAGCCUCAUCCUAUAUAUGAUCUGAAGGAGAGAGUCAAGAAACUGCUUGAGAACAAAUCACAAGUUGAGAAUAGUUGUGAAGCUGCAGAAACACAAGCAUCUAAACUCAACCAAGAAAUUGUUAGGCUGAAAAGUGAAUUGGAAUCAACGAGAUCUUCCAGCGACACUAAUUCUGCUAAAGCAAAUGCUAUGCAAUUAACAGUUUCCACUCUUGAAAACCAGGUAAAGUCGAUGGUUCCAAAAUUAGAUUAUAUCAAAGUACAAAAAGAACUCGAAAACAAGACUGUUGAAUGCAGAAAUAUAUCUGACCAGUUAUCAGAACUUAAAUCAGAAAUGAACAAACUCUUGAACACAAUUGACAAUAAUCAACAAAUUUCAGAAGAACAGAGGAUAUCUAUCAUUACAUUGAAUGAGAGCAAUGAAGUUCUUCAACAGAAGCUUGAAGCUGCUCUGAAAGAGUUGAACACAUGCCAGUUAACUCUGAAAGAGAAAACAAGAGAAAUUCUUGCUCUUGAAAGAAGACUAUCCAAGAUUCAAGGUCAAGUUGCUAUUGUUAAAGAUACAAUACCAAUGACUGAGCAACCUAAGAUCGCCAAAUUUACAAUUGAUUCUAAGAGAUCUGCAUUCUUUAUUAAUGAUGUUGUUAGAGAUGAUUUAGAGCAGAUGAAACUCAAACUUUUAAGCCAGAAUGAAAUGUAUUAA